UGAAAGAGACUGAUGGCUCGGAGGAAACAUCACUUCCUCUGUGACAGGAUGAUGGAUAACCCAGUUGGCCACUGCAUCACCUCCUCUGCACUUUCAGCGUAGAUGAGAACUAAAGAGGAAGAGGAGGAAGAGGUGCGAUACAGGUGGGAGACAGAAAGGCUGAACUUCAACAAGAGGGAUGGAUGAGAGAGGAGAGGAUAAAAAGAAGAUGCCUCGUUAAUCAAAAGAAAAUGAAGUGCCUAAUUUUGCUGCUGGCCUUUGCUUUUGUGGCUGUGGUCAUUGGAAAACCAACAAAAAACGAUGCCGCAGAAGACAAAGAUUCAGACAACCAAGAAAAUGUUGAUGCCGGUGCAGUUGAAGAGCCAAUUCAGGUUGCUACUAUGAAGAACCCAGCCACUAAAGAAUAUCUGGCUUGGUUGCACAAGUUCAAAAAUUAUUUCAAUGAGUUACAGGAGGUUGCUUCUAUGAAGAACCCAUUCAUUGAAGAAUAUCUGGCUUGGUGGCACAAGUUGAAGAGUUAUUUCAAUGAGUCAACGCCGGUUGCUACUAUUAGGAACCCAGCCGUUGAAAAAUAUCUGGCUUGGUUGCACGAGUUGAAGAGUUAUUUCAAUGAGUCAACGCCGGUUGCUACUAUGAAGAACCCAGCCACUGAAGAAUAUUUUGCUUGGUUUCACGAGUUCAAGAGUUAUUUCAAUGAGUCACAGCAGGUUGCUACUAUUAGGAACCCAGCCGUUGAAAAAUAUUUGGCUUGGUUGCACGAGUUGAAGAGUUAUUUCAAUGAGUCAACGCCGGUUGCUACUACGAAGAACCCAGCCAUUGAAAAAUAUCUGGCUUGGUUGCACGAGUUGAAGAGUUAUUUCAAUGAGUCAACGCCGGUUGCUACUACGAAGAACCCAGCCACUGAAGAAUAUUUUGCUUGGUUUCACGAGUUCAAGAGUUAUUUCAAUGAGUCACAGCAGGUUGCUACUAUGAAGAACCCAGCCACUGAAGAAUAUUUUGCUUGGUUGCACGAGUCGAAGAGUUAUUUCAAUGACAAAGAAUAAAAAAUGAGGCUUACUUUGGCAAACAAGCUGAGAAGCCAGAAUCCCUCACGACACCCUGUCUGUAUGUCACAUGUCAGCACCACGGAUAUUGUCAUGGUCAUCAACCAUUUACAAUAAAUAGCAUUUCAGUCUUUUCAUUGUCUCACCGUCUCAAGUGAAAGCCUUUGACAACAUGAAAUAAAAUGUUUAAU